GCGGCGGGGCGAUGACCCAGGCUCGGCGCUCAAACUUAGAUCCGAAACUGACGCUGCGGGUCCCCGUUUCGGGUUUUCUUUUACACCUGCUCCCCACACUGCCUGUUCACCUGUCCGUUCACCUGCUGCGGCUGGAAGAAUCCAGGCUCCUGCCCCAGCUGAGAGAAUGGCUUCCUCGGGACUCCAAACAAAGAAACGUGACAAUCACAAUGGCCACUUUGUACAACCCACCAACCCAAAUGUAGCAACAAUGCAAGAAGAUGUCCUGUACCACUUCCAUCUCAGCACCAGCACGCACGAUCUCCCUGCUAUGUUUGGAGAUGUGAAGUUCGUGUGUGUCGGGGGAAGCCCCACCCGGAUGGAAGCGUUCACCAAAUACAUGGCCAAGGAGCUGGGCCUUGACCACCCAGGUGCAGAAUAUCCCAACAUCUGUGUGGGGACCGACCGCUACGUCAUGUUCAAAGUGGGCCCCGUGCUGUCUGUCAGCCACGGCAUCGGCAUCCCUUCUACCUCAGUCAUGCUGCACGAGCUCAUCAAGCUUCUGUACCACGCCCGCUGCUCCGACGUCACUGUCAUCCGCAUCGGCACCUCGGGUGGGAUCGCUCCUGGCAGGAGGCACGAAGAGAAGCUCUCGUUGUUUCCGGUUCGGCUGGGACCACUAGGCCCAAGUUUGGAGCCUGGCUCUGUGGUCGUCACCCGCCAGGCGGUGGAUGCCUCCUUCAAGCCCGUGUUCGAGCAGAUGGUCCUGGGGAAGCGGGUGGUUCAUAGGACACACCUGGAUGAGCGGCUCGCGCAGGAGCUGAUGCAGUGCGGUGCAGACCUGCGGGAGUUCCCCACGGUCCUGGGGAACACCAUGUGCACCUCUGACUUCUAUGAAGGGCAAGGGCGUCUGGACGGUGCCCUCUGCUCCUACUCAGAGAAGGACAAGCAGGAGUACUUGGAGGCGGCCCACGCGGCCGGCAUCCGCAACAUUGAGAUGGAGUCUUCGGUCCUGGCUGCCAUGUGCGGCGCGUGCGGCCUCCAAGUGGCCGUGGUCUGUGUCACUCUGCUGAACCGCCUGGAAGGGGACCAGGUCAACAGUCCUCACGAGGUGCUGGUCGAGUACCAGGAGCGGCCACAGCGCCUGGUGGGUCACUUCAUCAAGAAGCGCCUCGCGGCUGCCGGAAACCCCCGGGAUCUCUGAAGACGCCAAGUUGCAG